GGGCAGGUACGCGCGCUCGCAGCUUGCUCGUGGAGAUCGGCGGUGGCGGGAGCCGGCUCCAGCGAGUGAGAGAGCGCGGUGGGGCGGGGCGGGAGAAAGUGGCUGCCUGGAGGACAUUGGCGUUUACGCGUGGCAGAGCGGAAGAGUUUUGCUUUUCGUGUGCGCCUUCGAAAACUGCGCCUGCUGUUGACCGAGGGGUCUGCCCGGAACCUCCCCUCCUCCGCCCGCGGCCCCGCGCCGAGCUCGCCGGCCUGAGCCAACGUGGGCAAGGUGGGAAACGCGCCUGACCCGCGUACCGCAUCCGGAGCCGCCCCCCGAGUACCCAUGGCUACGCGGGUGCUGACCAUGAGCGCCCGCCUGGGACCUGUGCCCCAACCGCCGGCUCCGCAGGACGAGCCCGUGUUCGCGCAGCUCAAGCCGGUGCUGGGCGCCGCGAACCCAGUCCGCGAUGCGGCGCUCUUUCCGGGCGAGGAGCUGAAGCACCCGCACCACCACCCACAGGCGCAGCCAGCGCCAGCGCAGCCCCCGCAGCCGGCGCCGCCUCCUGCCGCCGGUCCGCGGCUGCCCCCCGAGGAGCUGGUCCAGACAAGAUGUGAAAUGGAGAAGUAUCUGACACCUCAGCUUCCUCCCGUUCCAAUUAUUCCAGAACAUAAAAAGUAUAGACGAGACAGUGCCUCAGUCGUAGACCAGUUCUUCACUGACAGUGAAGGGUUACCUUACAGCAUCAACAUGAACGUCUUCCUCCCUGACAUCACUCACCUGAGAACUGGCCUCUACAAAUCUCAGAGACCGUGUGUAACACACAUCAAGACAGAACCUGUUACCAUUUUCAGCCACCAGAGUGAAACGACUGCCCCUCCUCCUCCGGCCCCGACCCAGGCCCUCCCUGAGUUCACCAGUAUAUUCAGCUCCCACCAGACCUCAGCUCCAGAGGUGAACAAUAUUUUCAUCAAACAAGAACUUACUACACCAGAUCUUCAUCUUUCUGUCCCUCCCCAGCAGGGCCACCUGUACCAGCUACUGAAUACACCGGAUCUAGACAUGCCCAGUUCUACAAACCAGACAGCAGUAAUGGACACCCUUAAUGUUUCUAUGUCAGCCGCCAUGGCAGGCCUUAACACACACACCUCUGCUGUUCCGCAGACUGCAAUGAAACAAUUCCAGGGCAUGCCCCCUUGCACAUACACAAUGCCAAGUCAGUUUCUUCCACAACAGGCCACUUACUUUCCCCCGUCACCACCAAGCUCAGAGCCUGGAAGUCCCGAUAGACAAGCAGAGAUGCUCCAGAAUUUAACCCCACCUCCAUCCUAUGCUGCUACAAUUGCUUCCAAACUGGCAAUUCACAAUCCAAAUUUACCUGCCACUCUACCAGUUAAUACGCAAAAUAUCCAACCUGUCAGAUACAAUAGAAGGAGUAACCCCGAUUUGGAGAAACGCCGCAUCCACUACUGCGAUUAUCCUGGUUGCACAAAAGUUUAUACAAAGUCUUCUCAUUUAAAAGCUCACCUGAGGACUCAUACUGGUGAAAAGCCGUACAAGUGCACCUGGGAGGGCUGCGACUGGAGGUUCGCGAGGUCGGAUGAGCUGACCCGCCACUACCGGAAGCACACGGGCGCCAAGCCGUUCCAGUGCGGGGUGUGCAACCGCAGUUUCUCGCGCUCGGACCACCUGGCCCUGCACAUGAAGAGGCACCAGAACUGAGCCGCCGUGCGACGCUCUCCGCCGCUGCAGUCCGUUUGGCAACCUUUUAAAACUACAAACUUUACUAUUCAUAUAUAUAUAAAAAAAAAGGAAAGAAAAGAAAAGAAAAAAGAAAGAAAAGAAAAAAAAACUGGAAAUGUAUAUUUUGUAUAUUUGAGAAAACAGGGAAUACAUUGUAUUAAUACCAAAGUGUUUGGUCAUUUUAAGAAUCUGGAAUGCUUGCUGUAAUGUACAGGGCUUUACUCAAGCAGAUCUCAUCUCAUGACAGGCAGCCACAUUUCGACGUGGGCGGGUGCGGGGGUGGAGCUGGUGUGCGGGUGUUUUUACCUGGGCACCGGAGUUUGACGUGACAGUGGUUAGAGAACAAAUCACUUGGCAGGUACUGGGAAGAAGGAUGGCUUGUAUGUCAAGAUUUUACUUGACGGACAUCGUUUUUGUCAUUAUUAGGUAAUCCCUUAGAGGUACACGCUGGACCUGGCAAUUCACAAAUAGCCAUUGAACAAAUGUGGUGUUUUUUUUGUUUUUGUUUUUUUUUAAAUGAGUUGCCUAUAUUUGCUAUUCAAAAUUUUGUAAAUAUGCAAAUCAGCUUUAUAGGUUUAUUACAAGUUUUUUAGGAUUCUUUUGGGAAAAAUCAUACUUCUUUUGAAAAUAACCAUAAAUACAUUUACAGUUAGAAUUUGUGAUAAGAUACCUCUGAAAACGUUACCAAAUUCAUUUCUUAGGGGGAAGGAAUAAUCAUUCAAAUGAACUUUUAGAAAAAGCAAAUUUCAUGCACUGAUUAAAAUAGGAUUGUUUAUUUUAAAUAUGAAAGAUGUUUUUUAUGAAUUGUAAACUGAAGAGCUUAAAGAUAGUUACAAUAUACAAAAGUUAAACCUCUUACAAUAAGCUAAACAGUAUCAUUUUUUAAAGGAAGGACUUAAUGCAGUUUUCACAUGACGGUGUUGAAUUUAUGAUGCAGUUUUCACAUGACGGUGUUGAAUUUAUGAUGCAGUUUUCACGUAUGGAAACGUUGAAUUUCAUGACGAUGUUGAAUUUAUGAUGCAGUUUUCACAUAUGGAAACGUUGAAUUUAUGAUGCAGUUUUCAUAUACCAAGGUGUUUGCUUGUGCAGUUCUGUUGGUUAAAUGACAGUUUAUGUGGAUUUUGCAUGUAAUAUACAGUGAGACACAGUAAUUUUAUCUAAAUUACAGUGCAGUUUAGUUAAUCUGUUGUUAAUACUGACUCAGUGUCUGCCUUUAAAUAUCAAUGAUAUGUUGAAAACUUAAGGAAGCAAGUGCUACAUAUAUGCAAUAUAAAAUAGUAAUGUGAUGCUGAUGCUGUUAACCAAAGGGCAGAAUAAUAAGCAAAAUGCCAAAAGGGGUCUUAAUUGAAAUGAAAAUUUAAUUUUUUUUUUAAAAUAUUGUUUAUCUUUAUUUAUUUUGUGGUAAUAUAGUAAGUUUUUUUAGAAGACAAUUUUCAUAACUUGAUAAGUUAUAGUUUUGUUUGUUAGAAAAGUUGCUCUUAACGUGUAAAUAGAUGACAAACGUUGUAAAUAAUUUUGUAAGAGGCUUCAAAAUGUUUAUACGUGGAGACAUACGUGAAAAGCAUAAAUCAGUUGCUGUUUUGCUUCUUUUUCCCUCUUAUUUUUGUAUUGUGGUCAUUUCCUAUGCAAAUAAUGGAGCAAACAGCUGUAUAGUUGUAGAAUUUUUUGAGAGAAUGAAAUGUUUAUAUAUUAACGACAAUUUUUUUUGGAAAAUAAAAAGUGCCUAAAAGAUU